CUAAUAAUAUGGGUGUAGCAUUCAGUUUGGCCUUUUUUAUUCUUUUUUUUUCAUUAAUAGAAUCUUAUUCUUGGGUAUUAUGAUUCACAAAAAUUGCAAGAACCUUGGACUUGCAUUUGACAAAAUGAGAAAGGGGAACAAACUAAGUCUAACUAUAACCGGGUGCAAAAACAGUUAGGUUUUUCUUUCUAGAUACAUAUAAUAUAUAUACUAUACAUGGUCAAAUUAUAUCAUGUUUUGCUUAAUUUCCAAUCUAAUCUAUUACUACUACUUACGUGGGGCUAUUACAUGCCACUAUCGAUCCUUAAACUCAAAAUUAAACAAAAACAAGAGAUUUAAUCAUGCUAAAUCGACCCCACUUCCUCCAUCCCUACCUAUAGUCAUGUUAUGUUGCCAUCAUCUUCUAGAUUGUACUUGCAUCACUUUAGCCACGCUCUUGCCCUAACAUUCACUACUAAGUUGCAGCACCAGCACCAGCACCACCUCUCUCUCUCUCUCUAAUGAGUUUAUGCAUUCUUUCUCCAACAACAAAGUAAUGAAAAAAGGACACAAAAACAAGUAGUAGCUAGCAACGCCCAAGACACCCACAGCAAUGUUCCCAUUUGGAGAAAACCCCUCUUUCAAAAAGCCUCCUUUUCAGCUUUACGAUCAAAUUCAAAACCCUAUCAUCUCCAAACACGAUGAAUCCCCAUUCUUCUCCAACUUCCCCUCCCCAUUCUUCGACGAGCACGAGCUUCCCUUGCACCAAAUCCUCCCCAAACCCUCAAUCCCCACAACCCUACCAUCCUCUUCAUCAGAUCACCCUAAAAAAAUCACCAAAAAAGAGCCCAAACAGAAACAAGCCAUCGCGGCCGCCCCUCCAAGGAAGCGAACCGGGAAAAAAGACCGGCACAGCAAGAUCUGCACGGCGCAGGGGAUCCGAGACCGGAGAAUGAGGCUCUCCCUUCAAGUGGCAAGGAAAUUCUUCGAUCUCCAAGACAUGUUGGGGUACGACAAAGCGAGCAAGACCAUCGAGUGGCUCUUCACCAAAUCGAAGAAGGCCAUCAAGGAGCUGGCCAUGGAUGUUGGAGAGAGAGAAAACAAUGUUUCCAUCACAAUGAGCGAUGGAAAGACGGAAUCGUUCGUGUCGGAAUGCGAGGUAAUCUCCGAGAUCGAGGAGAACUGCUCGAACAACGGGGGAUUGGAGGAGAAAAAGGGACGGAAAACAGGAAACACGAGGGAGUCGAGGGAGAAGGCGAGGGAGAGGGCGCGGAGCAGAACAGAGGAGAAGAUGAUGGGGAAGCGCAUCGAAUCAAGCCUUAGCCUAGAGGAUUACGCCCCUUUCGUGCAGCAGCCGUCCGAUGCAGGAACAAUCGAGAAGCUUCUCGGGAAUUCAAGCUCUGCUGCUGCUGCUGUCUCUUGCUGCACCGAUCCCACUACCAGUUUCAUGGGAUUUCUCGAAAACUGGGACCUGGACAGACUAAAUUAUGCAGGUAAUCACAACUCAAUUUACUCAGCCACCACCCCGGAUUUUCCACUGUUUCAUCAAUAAUUUUGAGGGCUUUAUCUGUAAAAUAUUUAUGAUUCGGUUUGACUCUUUUGAAUCCCUAGCUUUUGAAUGUAAUAAUCCUUUGCCGAUAGGGUUAAAUAAAUAUAUGAAUUUAUUGCACUACCCUUAAUCAUAAUCCAAUUAUUUCAACUGGUUA